AUGUACGAGACGCGGGUGCCAGAGCCAUUAGCCGUCGAUAGCAGAUCUGCAUUGGCAACCAAAUCCCAGACUUUUGCGACGGCCUUUGAGUACACUGAGGAGCAGGUGUCUACGCCCACGACUACUCCCCCGAGUCGCAGUCGUGGAAGUAGCAUAUCCUUCCAGAAAAAAGAAGUCGUCGACCAGUCGCCCAAGCGACACCUAUCCCCCAUGAAGCUGGCCUGUGAUGGGCGUUACACGCCUAGUCCCGAACCUCCUCCCGCGCUGUUCGUGCGAGCCAUGUAUGAUUACGAUGCGGACGACCAUACUAGUCUUAGUUUUCGGAGGGGCGACAUCAUCCAAGUCCUUAAUCAGCUUGAAACAGGCUGGUGGGAUGGGGUUAUCAACAAUAACGUUCGGGGCUGGUUCCCUAGCAACUACUGUGUCGUCAUUACGGACCCCAGUGAGCUGGAGGAGAUGGAUCAAAUUACGCCCAGCCCUGAGGAUGGGGAUAUCAGCGCGGACUCGGGGCUAGGAGAAGAAUAUGAGGAGGACCACGAGGGUGAUGAGGUUGACUCGUCUGGCAAUCCGCGGGAUUCCCAGCCCGUCCUGCCUAUCGAGGGUACAGGACCUCCCAAGGAACAAGAAGAGGCCGCUUUUUGGAUCCCGCAAGCGACCCCCGAUGGCCGCCUGUUCUAUUUUAAUACCCUUACCGGGUACAGUACCAUGGAGCUGCCGUUUGAGAACCCGUCUGCGAAUGAAUCCGGCCCUUACGACCGCAAUAAUUUCUUUGUGCCCGACCAGACUCGCCCGCCGCCGGAAAUGAUGGCCCGUGGUUUUGAACGGGACGAGGAUGACUACGAUGGUUCGGCAUCGGAAGCGGAGGGCGAGUCGUUGAUGCUUGCAUCUCAUGAUUCUAUGUCUCGGAGACGGCGGUCUUUCAUCGAUGGGGUCUCCCCCGCAACCUCUAUGGACUCAUUGCACCCACCGUCUGCCACUAAGUCUGUUAGCGACGGGAUCGCCUCGUAUCAAUCUAACCGAAAUCUACAAAAGCCUUAUGGAUCGGCCUCCACUGCUGCCAGCAGCAGCGCCUCCCUCGCUGAGAACUUCCAUAGGCCGUCGGUCUCUUCAGUAGCUCCGUCGCAAUUUGUCGACGACGGAGCCUCGGCUCCUUUAACCUGGCCCAUGCUCAUCGACAAUAUGCGCAACGCUAUUGAACUCUAUCGCCAAACACUAUUGAACGGUGAUCGCUCGGAAUACGUGAGGAGAGCUGAAGAUAUCUCUGAUCAUUUGCGCAUGCUCCUGGCCGCGGGCUCUGAUACUACAGACAAUCAUUCUGGAAACCCGUCGAUCAUUUCUACCAACAAGGCAUUGUACCCCCAUUUUAGGGAUAUGAUGUCUAAAUUUUCUAAAUUGGUACUAUCCUCGCACAUCGCUGCGGCUGAUUGGCCAGGCCCAGAUUCCGUUAAUAAGUGUCUGCAAGAGGCCGAUGGCGUCAUGCAUGGGGUGUAUGGAUACGUUGACGUUGCAAGACAGCAACGUGGUGAGUCAAUCCCCCGCGUCAUUCCAGGCUUUGUCAUGGGCAGCUAUGCGGGCGGCUGCUGGCAGAACAAUGGCGUUUCCCUGAAUGAUUCUGGACCUACAUCGUUCUUGGACCAGGAUCCGAGCGAUUCUCGAGCUGAGCCGUCUGUCCCUCUGGAUGCGGCCCUUCUGGACCAUGUCGAUAUUUUGCGGAGAUCUUUCGUUGGGAGCAUUCGGCGGCUAGAGGAGCGAUUGACACUCAACCAGAAGAAGAUUGUCACGGUGGCCGAGCAUCGUGCGAUCGGCGAUGCCGUUUCCACUGCUGCUAUUAGGGUCGUUGAACAGUUCCGGCCUUGGGUUUCUGCUGUUGAGUCCAUCAAUUUGGCGCCCCUUGGGACCAGCUUUCAGAAUCCUCAAUUGGUUGAUUUUAGUCUACAAAAGCAGAGAGUCUACGAUGCAAUUGCCGAUUUUGUCCUCGGCUGUCAGGCAGUUUCGGCACCGUUGGGCGAUGAAUGGGCUGAGUUGCGUGGUGAUUCACUUGAUGACCGUUUGAACGCUGUGCGGGGUGUUGCCAGGCAACUCGAGAAUUACGUUUCUCAGAUUGGGUUCUCUCUUUCACUUCUUCUGGAACAGGUUCCUGAACCAAACUCGGUGCUACGUAGCGAAAGUCGCCUGGGUGGAGAUAACGAGAUCUUCGAUGGUGUGCAUAGCCGCGCAGAAUCCCAGCCCACGAUGGCCACUGAGUCGAUUGGAAUUCCGUCAUCACACUCUGUCGACAAGGCCUCCGAAAAAGUACGACGCAACAUGGACAAGGCUCAAAGAUUUUUCGGACAAGCUCCCCCUGCUGCGAUUACUCGGGAGCCACCCAUUAGGGAACCAGUUCGGGAGCCCGAAGAAACGCCAUGGUUCUUGAAGAUGACGCAUGAGGGCGAAGUGUUUUACGACACCAAGAACGAUGUACCCACUUUGAAGUGCGGAACUCUUGCUGGACUGGUGGAGCACUUGACACGCCAUGAUAAGCUCGAUGCUUCUUUCAAUAACACUUUUCUCCUUACAUACCGCUCCUUUACCACUGCGUCUGAAUUGUUUGAGAUGCUCACUCAGCGCUUCAAUAUCCAACCCCCAUUUGGCCUGACACCAGAUGAAAUGCAGAUGUGGAUUGACAGGAAGCAAAAGCCCAUUCGAUUCCGCGUAGUCAAUAUCCUAAAGAGUUGGUUCGAAAAUUUCUGGAUGGAACCCAAUGACGAAGCACACAUGCAGCUCCUUGAACGCGUCCAUGCUUUCACCAGAGACUCCAUCGCCACCACGAAGACCCCCGGUUCGCCCCAACUGCUUGCAGUUAUUGAACAGCGCCUGCGUGGCCAAGAUACCACCGUUAAGCGACUUGUCCCAACACAAGCAGUUGCUAUGCCAACGCCCAUCACACCGAAGAAUAUGAAAAAGCUGAAGUUUCUGGAUAUCGAUGCGACGGAGUUCGCCCGUCAGCUUACGAUCAUAGAAUCGCGUCUUUAUUCUAAGAUUCGACCCAUCGAGUGUCUGAACAAGACAUGGCAGAAGAAGGUUGGCCCCGAUGAAGCGGAGCCUGCCGCCAAUGUGAAAGCCCUGAUCCUCCACUCAAAUCAACUGACGAACUGGGUUGCGGAGAUGAUCCUCAAUCAAUCUGACGUUAAGAAACGUGUGGUAGUUAUCAAGCACUUUGUCAAUGUGGCCGACAAAUGCCGUGCUCUCAACAAUUAUUCUACGCUGACGUCUAUUAUUUCUGCUCUGGGUACCGCACCCAUCCACCGGCUUGGUCGGACGUGGGCGCAAGCUAGCGGACGUACAUCCACGAUCCUGGAGCAGAUGCGCCGACUUAUGGCGAGUACAAAGAACUUUGGCGAGUAUCGUGAAACUCUUCAUCUUGCAAAUCCGCCUUGCAUUCCAUUCUUUGGCGUUUACUUGACGGACUUGACGUUCAUUGAAGACGGUAUUCCAUCCCUUACGCCAUCUGAAUUGAUCAACUUCAAUAAACGAGCCAAAACCGCCGAGGUGAUCAGAGAUAUUCAGCAGUACCAAAAUGUCCCCUAUCUGCUCCAGCCUGUUCAUGAAUUGCAAGAAUACAUCCUCAGUAACUUACAGGCGGCGGGCGACGUACAUGACAUGUACGACCGGAGCUUAGAGGUGGAGCCUAGAGAACGCGAGGAUGAGAAAAUUGCGAGGUAUGCAGAAGGCAGUAGAGACGACACCUUCUCUUUCGAAACCCUUUUUCUGUCAUUACGUUAA